CGUCAUCAAACAGCGACAUGACUGUUUAUUUGGGAGCGCAGGCGUGAAUUUGAUUUUCGUGCAGGCUUAGAAGAAGAGUUUUCCCCUCUGGACGCAGCGUCUUACCGCGUCGCUUCUGAUUAGCUGUCAACCUCAUGAAUCCAGUAAUUAGACGGAGCCUUCCCCCGUCUGUAAGGAGCCUCCUGACAGAUAUCGGUCCGAAGGAGGAGAAGUGGGCCGACCCGGAGGAUGAGGCUGUGUCCAGAGAUGGAAUCCUGGUUCCGUCCAGAGGAGCUGGAAAAGAGGAGUUUAUUUCUCCUGCGACGAUUCAAAAGGAAAACACUGCAGAGGACCAGUCUAACACCAGGACUAGUAGGGCAGUGUGUAUGUUGUGCAAUUGUAAACAGUCUAACUACACCUGUCCACGCUGUAACCUUCAGUACUGCGGUUUGUCCUGCUAUCAGAGGCCAGAGCACUCCGCUUGCUCUGAGGAGUUUUACAAGGAGUCUGUCCUGAAGGAGCUCAAGGAAAUGGGGAAAACAGAGGAAGAGGGGAAGAAGAAGAUGCAGGAGAUUCUGCUGGGACUGAGGCAGAAAGCAGAGGCAACACAGGGGGGUAUGGAGCAUGUAUUAAAAGAGGCGGACUUGGUGGGAGAAGGAGAAGUACAGGAUCAAGUGCAGGUUUUGGAUCUUCUGUCCAGGUUGGCAGAAAUUCAACAGUCUGGAAGGGAAAACAUACCAGAGAUGGAGGCUAUUCUAGAGAAACUUGAGGAGAUCGGAGGAGCAGAGGCGGCGCCUGGAGCUGCUGGUGAGGAUACAGAAGGAGAGCUUGACUUGGCUGAGCGACUGUCCGGGCUGGACAUAGACAAGCUUUCAGAGGAGGAGCUGUGGGAACUUCUUGGUGAGAAGGAGCAGAAGAAGUUCUUGGGUCUUCUGAAGGGGGGGGAUCUCAGUGGGCUGGUCCCUCUGUGGAGGCCCUGGUGGGAGAAGCAUGAGGAGGAAGGCAGGCAGCUCGUCCAGGUACUUCAGGAAGAAGUAAACAAACAGAAGGAUAGAGAUGAUCAAGUCAGUGUUUCACAAGGAGAGAAUCAGAAAGGAGAGUCAGCUUUUAAAAUGAACAAAAGUAAAGGAGGAAAGGGAAAAAGUAAAGGAAGCUCGGCUGGAGGAGUGCCUCCAAUAUCUGUUAAUAUUCCAAAGUUGAGCUCCUUAUGUGCAAAUCCAUCUCCUCUGGUUUGCUACAGUAUAAUAAACGCCCUUUAUGGCUAUGCCUUUUCCUUGUCUCUGUUUAACGGUGACACUGAUUCGCUGAUGUUCGAGUUCUGUGACAUGAUACUGGCCCUGUCUGAGGCACUGAGCUCAGGCAGGGUGUUCAGCUCUGUCCAGGAUGCUUUAGACAGCGGGGAAACUCUCAUUCUGCGUGGCGGUUACCUCAACAGGGAGGAUCCUCUCGCUCCGGCCAGAGCAGUGGAGGCUGUGGCCCACAUCCUGACAGGCAGGGACAGAGGAGACCCCUCCGGUUACUGCCUGGCAGCCUUUAGCCAGCUGCGAAGUACAUUCUCUAAAGCCAGACUAAAGCUGUCCAAAGAGGGUGAUGAAGGGGUGAGGCGACAUAAGUACUUCCAGGUGGGCAAAAAAUUUGAAUUUUUUCAAGCCUGGGUGAAGGACAACGCACCGCAGGUUCAGAUACUUGCUGUUGAACUUUGGGGCGAACAUGGUAAAAGAGAGAGUGUGAGGAGCAGCAUAAAGAAAACAAAGACUGUUGUUGAGGAGAAUUUGAAGAAAGAAAAGAGAAGGAGGAAUGAUAAGCUCAUUGAGGAGCUGAGCUAAAUGUUUGUUGUUUUUUUUACACAAUAUAUAAUUAAAUAAAAUAUUUGGAAACAUCCCUGGUAUGUUUGUGAAUUUAAAUGAAGUAAGGUUCAUUUCUUGAUGUUUCAAACAACUAACAAUGCUUGGUAUGGGAUAAUUACCAGUAUCUUCCACUGACCCUCCCCCACCUGUUGCUGCACAAUAAGAGUAACCUGGUACAGUGAAAGAUUCCCAUACUUUUGGUGUCCUAUAAGAAACAUAACUUAGAAUUUUUUUGAAAUUGUGAAAAAGAAGGAUAGUUAUUGUGAGGAAACUAAAAAAUGACUUGCUCGUCACUCUUAAUAUCGGUUUGUUUUUCAAAACUGGAGUUGCUAUGUUACAAGCAACAUGAUGGUGUGCUAAUAUCAAUUGUUAAUCCCUGAGUGAUGUAAAAAUCAAAAAAAAAAAAA